AUGAUGAUCUUCAAUAAUUAUUGUUCAUGGCUGUCGAAACCAGAAAAGAUCGCCAUUCUUUUCGUCCUAUUCCUCUCGACAGCGGCCUUAGCCUACAUCGGAUCACCUCAUGAUCAUCAAGCGCCAUCGCCAAAUCCUCAACCCAAACACCGAUCGAGAUUUUCAGACAUCGUAGCCACAGUGCUAAUAAUUCUCGGAAUAAUCUUCUUCACCGUCGUCUUCAUCUUGAUCGAUCAAUACAUCAAAGGCAAUCUCCAUUUCCACGGUUCUGCUGCGAACAACAACAAUGUCGGCCCGGGGGUAGAACUUCAGGCUCAGGCUCAGGCUCAGGCUGAGGCUCAGGCUCGGGCUCAGGCUCAGGCUGAGGCUCAGGCUAGGGAGGCGCGGCAACGCGCUGAGGCGAUGGUUGAGAGGUUCCGGAGGGUUACUCACAGGGAGAUUAAGAUGCAACUAGGGUCUGGAAGAGAAGAGGCUGAUGAAUGUACCAUUUGUUUGGAAGUUUUCGCAGACGAUGAAGUUGUUAAUAUUAUACCCAAUUGUGGUCACGUUUUCCAUCCCCAUUGUAUUCUUGAUUGGCUCUCUAAUGGCAGCAUUUACAAUUGCCCCAAUUGCAAACGCGAUCUCCAACAACCACCAUCAUUUCCGUCUUCGAGUACUGGAAGUAGUGUUGUGGACCCAAGAUUUGGAGAAGGAACUAGCAGAUCAAGAGGGUUGGAGUAG